UUUAAAAGCACUAAACUCAACACAAGAUAAUAAAUUUCUGAUCCUUAAGCCAAGCAAUCAGUAACACGUCAGACGAGGCAAUUGUCAAUGGAUGUAGUCACCUGUUAAAAAAACAAGAAGCGAAUAAACGGUAAAGCAAUACUUUGCCUUUGCCUUUCUUUUUCAUUUGUGGGCCGCCUCGUUCUUCCGACGUUUGCUGUUGGAGAGGACAAGACGCUUGCGUAUCUAUCCCCAUUAGGGCAUAUUCUUCACGUUGCCCCGAAUCUCUGGAGGUAUAUUCGGCAGCAGCGAAUAAAAUUCUCUGAGUCGUUAAACAUUUUCCCUGCUACGCUUGGGUCUAUUUUCUUGCGAACAGUGUAGGAGGACAAGAAAGGAGCUCGGCAUUUACAUUUCUCCUCUCGUGAACAUCACUUGGGUUUGGCCCAAGUUAGCCCGGGGUUCCUCCCAGGCACCUCCUGUGAAUGAUGGCUCCUCAUUCACAGGAUCCUCCUGUGAAUGAUGCACAAAGAACUUGGGGUGGCUGGGAGGGACCUUGGCGAACCCAGUGGAGAACCAACUUUGUACCUGAACCCGAACCAAACUCAUAUAGGUUUGAGAAGGGAUUUCAAAGGAACCUGUCUUCUGCAUUUGUACUUGUUUAUCAUGUAAGAUUUGCAGUUAUAUCCAGUUACUACUGUUCCACAGUGCAACAUCGAGUUUUAUUCAAUUUGAUUUAUCAAAUUGAUUCAUAUGCUGGAAAAUACAGAAUAUAAAUGAAAAUGGAGAAGGUGACAACAAUACUUACUCAUAGAUACCCUUAUCCACAUGAACAUUCACAGCAUGCUAUCACUGCAGUUGUGGUUGGUUCCCUCUUCUUCAUAUCAGUUGAUAACUUUCAAACUCUUAUUCACAAGAUGGACAACAAUAUAAAGUGGUGGUCGAUAUAUGCAUGUUUCUUUGGCUUUUUAUAUUUCUUUUCCUCUCCUUUCUUGGGACGAACCAUUCAGCCAAGUUACUCAAACUUCAGUCGAUGGUAUGUGCUGUGGCUUUUAGUUGCUGGUGUGUAUCAUUUACCAAGCAUGCAGUCAAUGGGAGUUGACAUCAAAAUGAAUGUGUCUCUAUUUUUGACAUUAUUCUUAUAUUCUGUCUUGGCUCUUUUAGUUUUCCAUAUUACAUUUCUUGUGCUCUGGUAUAUGGGCCUUGUUGCACGCUUUGCAGGAAAGCGGCCUGAGAUUCUUACCAUUCUGCAAAAUAGUGUUGUUUUAAGUAUAGCAUGUUGUGUUUUUUACAGCUAUUGUGGCAAUAGAGCCCCAACUAGAACAAAAUCGUUUGGAAGUAAAGAUUUUGGUCUUGUUGUGGGUACCUUUAUAAAAGGGUGGCCACAGGUGCAUGAAUUGAAGGAGCAGGUUUGCUCUAAUUGGCUCGCCUCUGUUGGAUCUGCAAGUGACUACCCUGUAUUUUCCAAAUGGGUUAUUUAUGGGCAGUCAGCUGACAAAAUCUCACCUAUUUUUUCUUUGUGGGCAACAUUUAUAGGAUUAUACAUUGCAAAUUAUGUGGUUGAAAGGUCAACUGGAUGGGCCUUGACACACCCUCAGUCAGCAUCAGUUUCUGAUAUUCGGAAGGCAUCUGCAGCUCCAGAUUUUUUGGACAUGGUUCCUUGGUACUCAGGGACAUCGGCAGAUUUGUUCAAGACAGCAUUUGAUCUAUUGGUAUCUUUAACAUUGUUUCUUGGACGCUUUGAUAUGCGAAUGAUGCAGGCAUCAAUGACCAAGGCACAAAGUAAUGAAAUAACGGAGGGUUUUCUUUUUAAUCAUCUAAAAGCAAGAGAAGAACUAUGGUUUGACUUCAUGGCAGACACUGGGGAUGGUGGGAAUUCUACAUACAGUGUCGCCCGAUUGCUUGCUCAACCUUCCCUUAAAGUAAGCCAUAACGAUAAUGUUAAAGAACUUCCACGUGGAGAUUUACUUCUUAUUGGAGGAGAUCUUGCCUACCCUAAUCCUUCCCCAUUUACAUACGAGCGCCGACUUUUUUGUCCGUUUGAGUUUGCUCUACAACCGCCAGCUUGUUACAAGCCUGAAAAUAUAGCUGUAUAUAAACCUGAAUUGCCUGCUGGUGUAGAUUCAUUGCGACAGUACAGAGGACCUCAGGCCUUUGCUAUUCCUGGCAAUCAUGAUUGGUUUGAUGGAUUGGAGACAUUUAUGAGAUAUAUAUGUCACAAGAGCUGGUUGGGUGGUUGGAUUCUUCCUCAACAAAGAAGUUACUUUGCACUGCAGCUUCCUCAUGGAUGGUGGAUAUUUGGAUUUGAUCAAGCUUUACAUGGGGAUAUUGAUAUUUAUCAGUUUAAGUUUUUCACAGAAUUAGUCAAAAAUCAGGUUAAGGAAAGUGAUCGAGUAAUUAUAAUCACCCACGAACCUAAUUGGCUUCUUGAUUGGUACUGGAGUGUCUGCACCGGAAAUAAUGUUUCUCACUUGAUUAAAGACCAUUUGAAAGGUAAGUGUCGAGUUCGACUAGCUGGAGAUUUGCAUCACUAUAUGCGCCACUCUGCUCUUCCAUCAUCAAAGUCUGUUUAUGUGGAACACUUAAUUGUCAAUGGCUGUGGAGGAGCAUUUUUGCAUCCCACUCAUGUAUUUUCAAACUUCCAUCAAUUUCUUGGAGCUACUUAUGAGCAUAAGGCAGCUUAUCCUUGUUAUGAAGAUUCAAAAAGGAUUGCACUGGGCAAUAUUUUGAAGUUUCGUAAGAAGAACUGGCAAUUUGAUGUGAUUGGAGGCAUUAUAUAUUUUUUGUUGGUAUUUUCCACUUUUCCACAGUGCAACUUGGAUCACAUCUUACAAGAUGAUACGUGGCUUGGACACCUCCAGCAAUGUUUUGAGACACUAUGGAAUGCGUUUAUGGACAUUUUAAAAUACUCAUAUGUUUCCUUGGCCGGAAUUAUCAUGCUACUACUCUUGUCAUUUAUGUUUGUUCCUGUCAAACUAUCUCGAAGGCGACGUGCUGUGAUAGGAUUUCUUCAUGUUUCUACUCACAUAACUGCUGCAAUGAUCUUAAUGUUACUUUUGGAGCUGGGUAUUGAAACUUGUGUUCGGCAUAAGUUAUUAGGAACUUCAGGAUAUCAUACUCUUUAUGAUUGGUAUCGGACUGUUGAAAGUGAACAUUUCCCUGAUCCAACUGGAUUAAGAACUAGGAUGGAGAAUUGGACUUUUGGACUUUAUCCUGCUUGCAUCAAGUAUUUGAUGUCUGCCUUUGAUGUUCCUGAGGUUAUUGCUGUGACCCGAAAUAAUAUUUGCAAAAGUGGUAUGGAGAAAAUUUCUCGCGAGUUCGCUGUGAUAUACUACAUAUGCAUUUUUAUAUACUUCUGGGUUUUCUCUACCCCAGUUGUAUCUCUAGUGUUUGGUAGCUAUUUGUACAUUUGUGUCAAUUGGCUUCAUAUCCAUUUUGAUGAAGCUUACUCUUCUCUCCGUAUGGCAAAUUACAAGUCUUUCACUAGAUUUCAUCUCAACCCCAAAGGGAACCUUGAUGUCUACACCCUUGCAGUUAACAAGGUUCCAAGGGAAUGGAAGCUAGAUUCUGACUGGGAUGCCGAACAGAGGGAACAGCUUCCCUCUCAUCUUAGACAACAUCCCAGCAAAUGGGCUCCAAAAUCAACUUACUCAGAUCCAAAUUGUACAGUACAAAUAAUUGAUCAUUUUGUUAUAGAAAAAUAAUCUCAAUAAAAUCAUUGAAACGCCAUGAUUGUGUAUAAACAUUUUUUUAUAUAAAAUAUGCUACCUUCCUUUGCAUGCAA